AUCACAGCUGAAAGAAAUCCAACCCCCUGUCCAAUAUUACUUUACUUGUCCAACAUCUGUGUCACAAAAGGCAUGGUGGGUUUUUUUCCUUUACCCUUCUCCUGCAGUCAUGUUCCUGAAUUCCUGGGACUCUUAGGAAAGUGCAAAGGUUCACACAGACAGCUCAGAGAUGUGUAUGCAAAUGCUGCAGCCAUAAGGCAAGGAAGUUGUAGGAUAACUUUAUUAUAGUUACCCCCCAGAUACCUGCAUACCUUUGGCUACCAGUGGUUUAUUAGGGAGUGCUAAUUGACCCAAAUCCAUACUGUGGAUCAUGUAGAAGGACGAACAGCUAAAAAUGAGAAUGUAGGAGCGCAAUGCAAAUAGAGACAGCAAAAUAAUUUGGAACUAGUUUCAGCCAGUAUCCAGAUUUCUGGAGGCAAACUUCACUUAAGUUUUCAAGCCAAUGGCCUUGUAAUAUUACUGCAGUGCAAUAUUGGUGUGAGAAAAUGAAGAAUUAGGACCACACCAGAUCCCAUGGGGGGUGUUGGUUUGUUCCCCCCCACCAAGCAGGCCCUACAGCGAAGGCCUGGGGCUGGGAAUGCAGCCACAGGUGUGAGCAGGUGUAACACUCUCCUGUUGCAGGUCUCUGGUGCGUGGCUCUGCACGCUGGGACUUGCCUGUGCAGCUCCUGUCCCAGCUUGGUGUGGUUUGCAGGAGGCACUUCAGGGGACAUGGCAAGGCCUUGCAAUUUGCAGAGGAGCGUGUUUGGAUGCAACAAUAAUGUUCACAGACAAGAAGCACUGGUUCCCCUCCUCUCUCCACCUCCUUUCCAGCCAUGUGACUGAGCACUCCCUGCAUCAAGUGAAACUUUGCAGUCCCCAGGAAACCCUGAUUUCUUUCCACCCGUUCCACAGUGAGAAGCAGCAUCACCCAAACGUGCAGCCGUGCUGGCCAUGGGGAGGAGCACACAGCACCUCAUCUUGCUCACCCUUGCCUGCGCAUUUUCCCCCUGUUUUGCUGAAGUGGCCCUGGAGGUUGAGCUCUCUCCAGAAGCCAUAUCCUUGCACCAUACUGCUACUUCUGCUCAGCCACUUUCCCUUUAUCAUUCUUCACCCCAUCAAGGCACCACAGUUCAUUUUAGUAGCACAGACUCACUUAAAACAGCACCUGUAAGGCCUAAAACAACUGCACAGACAACAGACCAGCAACAGGCAAAAACAGCACCAAGUCAUCACACGACAGCCCAGGUUGGAGCAACCACCACACAAGUCACCAGCCAGAAAUCUCCCAUGGUGGUAUCCACACCAUCAGCAGACAAUGCAACUGCAGCUCAUCAGACUGCAACCCAGGCAAUGGAAAUGGUUACGCCUGCAGUGAAGAACACAACUGUACACCCUGUGUCCUCAACCAAGCAAGCUAGAACACAUGUGAGCACAGAAAUUACAGGCGCAGCCACCAACACAACACCAAAUACACAAAUGACAGCUGCUGCCAGAACUACUGCAGCCAUCACCAUGCAAACUGUGAAGCCCACUGCCAGAAAUCAAACAGCAGUGCCCAGAAGUCCAACAGCCACAGCCAUGACCAGCAAGAGAACAACCAUUCAUCCAGGGAUACAAACAACCACUGCAUCUACUCCAGUGACAGUGAGACCCACCCUUGCACCACAGCCUUCUUCCAUCCCCACUGGCACAUACACCGUUUCCAAUGGGAACAGGACCUGUAUCAAAGCAGUCAUGGGAUUGCAGCUGAUGGCUCAAAAUGCAGAGAGGAAGCAGAUGGAAUGCAUGGCUGUCAACCCCAACGCGACGGAGACAUCUGGCAGCUGUGGGAUGGUGCAGGCUGAGCUGAACUUAACCUUCAGUGGAGGGUUUAUAAACUUCACCUUUGUAAAGCAAGCUCCAAUGUACUAUGUCAGUAAAAUUGAGACCAGAUUGCAGGCAUCUUCUGAAGGCAUGCUUUACUAUGCAGCCAUACAGGAGAAGCUGUUUACAACAAAGCUGGGCAAUUCCUUUAAAUGUGCCAGCAAGCAAACCUUCGGCUUGGAGAAGAACUUCCAGCUGCUCCUUGUUAAUAUGCAGCUGCAGGCAUUUGAUAUUGUUGGUAACCAGUUUGGAGAAGAAGAAGAAUGUUUUCUUGAUAAAAACAGCAAAGCAGCUCCCGUUGCAGUGGGCCUGAGUAUCCUGGGAUUGUUUGUGAUUGGAUUUGCCACAUUCCUGAUUUCCAGAAGAAAGCCACAUAGAGGAUAUGAACGUAUCUGAGGUGCCUUUGUACUUCCAAAUGUGUGUAGCAAGUAGAGAAGCCACAGGAGUUUCAGCUUCUACCUGUCAGUCUCACUGCCCUGAAGCCGUAUUUUUAAGUGGAAUAACACCAUGGGUUUAAAGCUAAUGAAUAUUUCUGGAAGUGAUUUCUUUGGGGUGGGAAGGAGAGAACUUGCACCAUCUACAUCAGGCUAUUCUUAGCAUCUAAUUUAGAUAUAGUCCAGAGGACCAAAGUGAGGAGCCUAAAUUCUUUAUAUUACCUACAAAGGAGGCAAUUCACACCACCUAAGUCAGAUGCCUAAAAAUAGCUUAAAGAGGGCAAUAUCCCUAUCCCCCAGAAAAUCCAUCAGGUUUCUUAAAGGUGAGGUUUAGAUUUAUUAAAAUAGAUGGGUCCAAUGUUACCAGAGGUCCACAGCUACAGACAACCCCAUUAAAUCAGAGCUCAGUGAAAGUCUUAUGGGCAUACUGUGUAUGCUGAGGUCUCAGGGCAAGAGUUAGUGUGACUUCCAUUCAUCAGCAAGUUCUUACCAGUCCUGUAAAUAUCAGUGUUACAUUGCAUUUGCUCUUUUUUUUUUUUUCUGCUAAGUCCUUUGGAAGAAAACAGUGGUAAUAUGUGACUCUUACUCUGGAGGCAGUAUUUUUAGAAAAUUUUGUAGUUUCCAGUGACUGUAUAUGCAAAUAAGAGAAGAUUAUCCAGCUGAGGUCACACAAGGUCUGCCUGACCAGUAUGCGUCAAAAUUAUCACUUGUCAUUGCUUGUCUCAGCCCUGCUGCAAAGAUGUUUGAGCUUCUUGCCUACAAUUCUUGAGCUGCAGCCUCAUAAAGCACAGCACAUUAGAGCAGUCUGAUGGUGCUGAGUUUAUCCUGAAGUGUCAUGCUGCAAACUGCACAAUUCAGGAGCUGACUGACAGGCAGCUGAGAUGUCUGUGCAGCAGAACUGGGCGGGCCUUUGGAAGCAGUAAGUCCAUCCAUCUGCCACCCCCGGCCAAGCCACCCACUUGUCAUUUGGCGCUCAAGGCACAGCCUCCCUUUGCCACAGGUUUGCAACACAACCUGCAGAAAGCUAACAAGUAAGCAAGUGCUGUGGCACAUGGGACAGUGCUAAGGGUGCUGGUGCAAUGGGUUGGGGAGUGGGGUGAAUUUGCUUGAUAAAUUCAGGGAGCUUAAUAUUUUGUGGUCUUGGAAGAGCCUGUGAAUCACUCAUUUCCUACUUAGACCCGGGCCUGUUACAGUGGCUCAGUUACUGCCCCUCUACUGAAAUGGCAGGACUGUGAUCUCUUUUCAUCAUUGAAUCAUAGAACGGUUUGGGACCUUAAAGAUCAUCUAGUUCCAACCUCAUUUCAUGGGUGAGGACACCUCCCGCACUUACUGAAAAUGCCAGGGAAUAAGUGGCCACAAUUGUUACAGACCUGCACAAGGUCCAGGAGCAAACGGGAAUCUACUGAGGGUGUGUGUUCAAGGCUUCUGUGGGAACUAAAACCUUGCACAGGCUUUGGACAAACUCCCUGCCCAAAAGUGAUUCUGGUGUGUUUACAGUUGAGCUGCUGGAUUUUCAUCUGGAAAUAAUUUGGAAUUCCUUUAAAGCACAACAAUCAAUAUGCUCUGUAGUCUAUUUCCUGCUAAGCCAAUGGUGAAGGCAUGAAAGGAGUAAUUGCUUUUGAGAUGACGUUCAGCCAAUGUUCUUUGCUGUAACAAGGAAAAAAAAACUUGUCACAAAAGAUUUACAAAGCUAAUCGUGCACAUAGACAUACACAGGUGCACACACCACACAAUCUGUUCACUGCAGCCAAUUACAUGAAAAUUGUAAAGAAAUUAUACAUUAAAACAUUUAGAAAAGAGAAAAUAAUACUAAGUAAGAGCACACUUCCCCCUUAGGAUUAGGGUGCAGCUUAAAUUUUACCAGUGAAAGUUUUGCCUGGAAAAGGACUAUAGAAUGGUACCCAUUAAACAAAAGAAAUACUCAAGUCAUGUGCAAAAAUUGCUUGUUGUUAAUUUAAUCUGGAGCUAAACAAAACAGAAAUGCUGGGAGCUAAUUUAAUUUCCAUUAAUUGUGGCCCAAAUCCUGAACAAUUAUUAAUGGUAAUGGAACCUCACUGGCUUUUCAUGGGGAAAAACUGAUGAUACUGUCUUGUAAAUUUAAUGCCCCUUUAGUGUUUUUAGAAUAGUUUUGAUAUUUUACUAGUAUUUCACCAUUCAAGUUCAAUUAUUUAAAUUAAGGAAAUAAUUAGAAGGUAAAGUAGCACAAGGAACAGAAUACCAAACUUUCAAACUUUUAAUACAGAUAUGAUUUGAACUGUAUUCAGUUGAAUACUUAAACUGAUUAUUGGGUUUUGAUUAUUUCAAUUAUUAUUUUUUUUAAAGGCUCCAGCACUGUUAAUUUUGCUUAGUGAACUUUAUCUAGCUUAUUUUCACCCUUCUUCCUGCCUCCCAUUAGCAGACAAGCAGCCCAUUGAGCCCAAUGGCAUUGUGCAGGCCCUUGGCUUCGUAAGAUCCCUCUAGCUCUCAGGGUUGGUUAAUAGUAUUAACCUGUUGUGUAGAAAACAGAGUUCUAUACUUGAGAGAGUAUAAACAGGAGACAGGAGAGUUGAUGAGAUGUCCAUUGAGAAAGGUGGACAUGGAAAUACAUGGAAGAGCUUCCAUUUAAAAAUGAGCCUGUGUGUUGCAACAGGGAUGUUACUGUCCCAAACCAUUACAUGUGGACAUUUUAAUAACAAACUCUGCCUGAAAAGCUGAGCCCUGGACAUGGUCUGGCCCUAAGCUGUUCUGACCAGGUGAUCCCGUUCAAACCUUCAGAAUUUCACAUGUUCUAAUUUGGAUUGUUGGGUUGCACGGUCUGUACAGUUUGUUACUUCUGAUGGUAUGGAUAGAGCAUUUUCAUGUUCUGUACUGAAAAAUCUGUUUAUAUUAAUAUUCAGUCUUCUAAUGUUUUAUAUCAACAUGAGGAGAGAAAACUGUUCUUAACGAUUGAUUAAUUCUGUGUUUAAUCCUUUGCCACCCUCUGGCAUUUUCACAGAUGAUGCAAGGUUAAUUUUUUUCCCCACACUUUUUUAUUUCUACAGUGAAUCAAACUGUUGAUAUUGAAGAAUGUUUAGAUUCAGGUUGACCUGAUUUGUUCUUGUGCUUUUUAUUGCUAUUAUUUGUUUGCUGUUUGUAUAAAGCUGCAUGCUCCCCUUUCUAGAUGAAUAGUGUUCUGGGCUUGCUCUAAACAGCAUAGGUGAAGUGCAUGUGGUAUAAAUCGAUUAAGCAAUUGCAUGCUCCCAUGAAAUGCUGCCAACAUGCAGCAAAAUCAAUCUAGUGGAGUUAGUGCUUUACAGUAGUAGAGGAUCCAUUGGAGAAUUCCUUGCUGCAUCAGGAGAUCCCAGGUGCAACCUUUCUCCCACCAGCAGCCCAGCCUGCAUACCUACCACCUCCUUCCCUGACCACAGAGCAGACAAGCAGCCCGUAGCAGGGCUGUGUGUCAGCACCAGCACAGCAGGGAGUGUUGCCUCUUGGAGUUUAAUGCUGAAUUAGAACGAGAUAGCCCAGCUGCUCCCUGCGUUGCCAUGUGCAGCUUUAAAACCUGAUGCCUGUAUUUAUUUUGUGCCAGAAUCUAGGUAGAUAUUUGGCUAGCACUUUUUUUAUCUAAUGAUAUUGCUUUGAGGUCACCCUCACAGUGGGAAGAUUCUAUAGGUGUAAUUCCUCUUGGUUGCCAGACUUUCUCCUUUAAACAUCUUGCCUGAGGGAAUGUUUUGAGCAAGAAGUCUCUAAAAGAGCACUGUACAAAGAAGAGGCUCUUAUGAUAAACUAGUUGUACACUAGGUGGGGCCAAAACAGUGAUACCACAGGCACCAGGUCACAGUUUCUUUGCUUCCUGCUGAUAUGGAUGUAAAUGAAAACAGCAUUUUCUAAUCCCAGCAGAUUGCUUCUUUCCAGAGCUGCUCUUUGCCAUAGUCUGAUCCUUGUUGUGUAACCUGCUCACUGCUUGAGACAGGGGUUUACCAACGAACCUGCCCUAAGAAUUUGCACACCAAAAUCUUUUGUAUGGUCAGUAGGAGCCCACCUACCCAGAGAGCAGAGCACUGUUGGCUGGGAGAGAGUGUGAGGUGGCAGCUGGGUCCCAGAAUGACCAGCAAUGUUGGUCUCAGCAGCCCCAGCUGAUUUUUUUCCCCAGCUGUAGACUCAGAUCAACCCAUCUCUGCCCCGGAAGAUAUUGAUCAUGAUGACAUGAUGCAUCCCAUCAGGGAAGCUCUGCUUAACUUGCUUCAAGCCUGUGCUGGUCAGGGUACAGCAGGGCCAGUCAGAAUUUAGGAAGUGAUCCCAUCCCUCCAGCUGCCUGAUGCUCUGCAGCAGCUCUCACUGCAAACCACUCACUGUGGUCUCUUACACACCCCAGGUGGACACAAGGGCAACCCGUGAGCAUGAUGAUGUAAUAUUUAGCCAAAUUGCCAAGAAGUUUAUAAAGCAAGAUGUACAAUCAUUCUAUCUUUUUGACGUAUGAUGGACAAAGUCCAAAUUAAAAAACAGCUAUUAAUUCUGCUUGAAAGAGGAAGGGAGAUGUAGAUUAGCAUCUUGAGUGUAUGAAGAUGAUUCAGUGGUCACUUCUAGCUUGCCAUAACAUAUGGUUGCUAACAAUUAAUUUGCUAUGAGAAGAUAUGCUCUUUAUUUUUCUAUUACUGGUGUUUCUAUAAUAAAGGUUGUAUUUAGUCAUUAA